AAGAUACCCGAGGGAGUCUCUCGUGACAGUGAGGUAAAUAGAGACUGUGAGGGUAAAUAGUUCUGUCUCUUUAAGUUGGUGUCAAAGCCGAUUAGCGCUGAUCUCGGUCGUGAUUCUGUUGUACCGUCUGCUCACUCUAUCUAUUUUUUGUUUUACGUCCCUGCGCGCAGUUUAAACCAUAUUUUUAAUAAUAUUUGUUGACUCUUUUACUGUAUUUUCGCUUUUUUUUUCUACACGCGCACUCUUUUAUACAGCUGUGCGUAAUUACGCGUUGCGCGCGUCUGGAAUCUCCUUUACGCGCUUUUGGCUGGACUUUAGAUCAUCAUCUCUGGCUGCUGUGUGUGAGGAUGAUGAUGAUAAUGGGCUCAGUGUGACAAUCAGGGCUUUAAGAUGCAGAAAAGCGUGCGUUAUAAUGAAGGACACGCGCUCUUUCUAUCCAUGGUCGCGCGUAAAGAGGGAAUUAAACGUGGGUUCUUGAGUAAAAAAGCCGCAGAAAACAACCGCUGGAACGAGAAGUACUUCGCGCUUUACCAGAACGUGCUGUUCUACUUUGACAACGAGCAGAGCACCAGACCAUCUGGGAUUUACUUGCUGGAGGGAUGCUCCUGCGAGAGGAUUCCGGCUCCAAAAGUGUCCACCGUUGGGAAAGAGAGCUCAGAUAAACAGCAGCAUUACUUCCUGGUGAUUUUCGGCCACGAUGGGCAGAAACCUCUGGAGCUGCGGACAGAAGAGGACGCUGAUUGUAAUGAGUGGGUGGAGGCCAUUCAGCAGGCCAGUUAUUCAGACCUGAUCAUAGAGCGGGAAGUUCUCAUGCAGAAAUACAUCCAUCUGGUGCAGAUCAUGGAGACGGAAAAAGUGGCGGCAAAUCAACUGCGGACACAACUGGAAGACCAGGAUACAGAGAUCGAGAGACUGAAGGCAGAGGUCGUUGUUCUGAAUAAAACGAAAGAGCGAAUGUUGCCCUAUCAGUCCAAUCAAGAGGAAGAAGAUCCAGAUAUCAAGAAAAUCAAGAAGGUGCAAAGCUUCAUGCGUGGUUGGCUGUGCAGAAGGAAGUGGAAGAUUAUCGUGCAGGACUACAUCUGCUCACCUCACGCUGAGAGCAUGAGGAAGAGAAACCAGAUCGUCUUUAACAUGGUGGAAGCUGAGACGGAGUACGUGCUCCAGCUCUCCAUCCUGGUCAACUGUUUCCUGAGGCCGCUGAGGAUGGCGGCCAGUUCCAAAAAACCACCUAUUAGUCAUGACGAUGUCAGCAGUGUCUUCCUCAAUAGUGAGACGAUAAUGUUUCUCCAUGAGAUAUUCCACCAAGGCUUGAAGGCUCGGAUAGCCAACUGGCCAACCUUAGUUUUAGCUGAUCUCUUCGACAUCUUGCUGCCAAUGCUGAACAUUUAUCAGGAGUUUGUGCGAAACCAUCAGUACAGUUUGCAGGUUCUGGCCAACUGUAAACAGAACCGGGACUUUGACAAGCUCCUGAAGCAGUAUGAAGCAAACGCUGCCUGUGAGGGCCGAAUGCUGGAAACCUUCCUCACCUACCCCAUGUUUCAGAUCCCACGAUACAUCAUCACCCUUCACGAGCUUCUCGCACACACGCCUCAUGAACAUGUCGAGCGCAGGAGUCUGGAAUUUGCCAAAUCCAAACUUGAGGAACUGUCCAAAAUGAUGCAUGAUGAAGUGAGUGACACAGAAAACAUCCGCAAGAACCUCGCGAUCGAGCGAAUGAUCGUGGAGGGCUGUGAUAUUCUGCUGGACACCAGUCAGACGUUUAUACGGCAGGGCUCUCUGAUUCAGCUGCCCUCUGUGGAGAAGGGUAAACUGAGUAAGGUGCGUCUGGGCUCGCUGUCGCUCAGGAAAGAAGCUGAACGCCAGUGUUUUCUGUUCACUAAACACUUCCUCAUCUGCACACGUACAUCCGGCGGCAAACUGCACCUGCUCAAACAAGGAGGCACGGUGUCUCUGAUAGAGUGUACGCUUAUCGAGGAGCUGGACGCCAGUGAUGAAGACUAUAAUGCUGCCGGUCAGGGAUUCAAUCGUCUGGAGUUUAAAAUAGUGGUUGAACCGGCCGAUGGUCCGACGUUUUCUGUGGUUCUGCUGGCUCCGUCUCGGCAGGAGAAAGCUGCCUGGACCAGUGACGUGAGCCAGUGCAUUGACAACAUUCGCUGCAAUGGCUUGAUGACCAGCGUGUUUGAGGACAACUCCAAAGUCACCGUGCCUCACAUGAUCAAGUCUGAUGCCCGACUGCACAAAGACGACGUGGACAUCUGCUUCAGCAAGACGCUGAACUCCUGCAAGGUGCCUCAGAUCCGUUACGCCAGCGUGGAGAGACUCCUGGAAAGACUGACCGACCUGCGCUUUCUGUCCAUCGACUUCCUCAACACCUUCCUCCACACCUACCGAAUCUUCACCACUGCUGCGGUGGUGAUGGACAAACUGGCCGACAUCUACAAGAAACCCUUCACCUCUAUACCGGUCAGGGUUCAGUAUCAUUCCUCCGACCGGUUGUCCAUCUCCUCCAUCUGUCCAGACUACAGCCUGAACAUCACAAGGCUUGCGCUGGACCAGUCCAAGUCCCUCGAGCUCUUCUUCGCCACUAACCAAGGCCCCUGGAGCGGAGAGCACCUGAACAACAAAUCUCCUCGUCUCUGUCGCAAGUUCUCCUCUCCUCCGCCCGUCUCCAUGCCCUCACGCACCUCUUCCCCCAUCCACUCCCGAAAGCUGUCCCUCAGCUCUCCUGUGAGCUGUAAGAGCGGCGCCCUGGACCUGUCGACAGCAAGCAGCCCGACGUCUACGCUUAACCCCGUCCUGUCCUCUCCUCCCCACACCUGCACUAAAGCCCCUCUGGACCUCAGCCGGGGCCCCGGGUCCCCCGAGCUCAGUCCCUCCACCCCGGAGGACGAGAUGCCACGCUUAGAUGCGUUCUGUGGGAAGCUGCGGCGGAGUAUUCGACGAGCUGUUCUAGAGUCAGUGUCGUUGGAUAAAUUCAUUCCUGAGACGUCCAGUGAUUCUGCAGACAUGUCUGCGUGCCGCUCGCCGUCCACACCACGACACCUUCGCUACAGACAACCUGCAGGUCAGUGUCCCGAGAGCUCCCGCUGUGUGGUGUCCCCCACAUCCGCCUUCGCCAUCGCCACCGCCGCCGCUGGACACAGCAGCCCACAGGGAUUUACCAACCCAGAGAAAUCAUACGAUAAAGAGUUCCUCAUCCGCAGGGCCGCCACCAACAGAGUGCUCAACGUUCUGCGCCACUGGGUUUCCAAACACUCGCAGGACUUUGAGAUGAACGCAGAACUGACGACGGCUGUGGUCGCUCUGCUGGAGGAGGUUCUGCGAGAUCCCGAUCUUCUACCACAGGAGAGGAAGGCUGCAGCUAACAUACUGAGUGCACUUUCUCAAGAAGAGCAAGAUGAUUCACAGUUGAAGAUUGAGGAUAUCGUCCAAAUGUCCGAGUGUCCGAGGGUCGAGUGCUUCGAGUCACUGUCGGCGAUGGAACUAGCGGAACAAAUUACUCUACUGGACCAUAUCGUGUUCCGGAAUAUUCCAUACGAGGAGUUUCUUGGUCAAGGCUGGAUGAAAACGGACAAAAGUGAAAGGACUCCGUACAUUAUGAAGACCAGUCAGCACUUCAAUGAUAUGAGUAAUCUGGUGGCGUCUCAGAUCAUGGCUCAAUGUGACGUGAGCUCCAGAGCCAACUCUAUUGAGAAGUGGCUGGCUGUGGCUGAUAUAUGCCGCUGUCUCAACAACUACAACGGCGUCUUGGAGAUCACGUCCGCUCUGAACCGCAGCGCCAUCUACAGGUUAAAGAAAACAUGGGUCAAGGUCUGCAAACAGACCAAAGCUCUUAUGGAUAGGCUGCAGAAGAUCGUUUCAUCUGAAGGGAGGUUUAAGAACCUGAGGGAAACUCUGAAAAACUGUAACCCUCCAUGUGUGCCCUAUCUGGGCAUGUACCUGACGGAUUUGGCGUUUAUCGAGGAAGGGACGCCUAACUUCACUGAGGAGGGGCUAGUCAACUUCUCUAAAAUGAGGAUGAUCUCACACAUAAUACGAGAGAUCCGACAGUUUCAGCAGGCGCCCUACAGGAUAGACCUGCAACCCAAGGUAACACAGUUCCUCCUUGAUAAGACUCUAGUUAUGGAUGAGGACACACUUUAUGAACUAUCUCUGAAGAUUGCGCCAAGAAUCCCUCCUGCCAACUAAACGUGACGACAAUGUUUACACCAGACGCAGAUAUCAAGUAAGAAGCUUUAGUGGGAAUCUAUACUUCCAUCUGAACU